AUGGGGGUGUUGUAACUGGUUUUAAUAGGUUCGACGAUGGACGAGGUAUAAGUGAAAGCUAUCAAGCUUUUUGACAGCAGGGGAACUUAAGUUUUAUUCAGCACAGUGACAUUGUCCCGAGCAGCUUGUAGUAGAAGCCCCACAAUGUCCUUAAAACCACGGGUUGUGGAUUUUGAUGAGACAUGGAACAAGCUUCUUACGACAAUCAAGGCAGUGGUGAUGCUCGAUUACGUGGAGAGAGCGACGUGGAACGAUCGGUUCUCCGAUAUUUACGCAUUGUGUGUCGCAUACCCAGAACCCCUGGGUGAACGGCUGUACACAGAGACAAAAGUAUUUCUGGAGAAUCAUGUACGUCAGCUGUAUAAGAAAGUGCUGGAGUCUGAGGAGAAAGUCCUCCUGAUGUAUCACAGAUACUGGGAGGAGUACAGUAAGGGCGCUGACUAUAUGGAUAGCUUGUACAGGUACCUCAACACACAGUUUAUAAAGAAAAAUAAGCUGACUGAAGCAGACCUGCAGUACGGCUAUGGAGGGGUGGAUAUGAAUGAACCACUAAUGGAGAUCGGAGAGCUUGCACUUGAUAUGUGGAGAAAGCUGAUGAUCGAGCCGCUUCAGGCCACGCUGAUCCGAAUGCUUCUGAAAGAAAUAAAAAAUGACCGGUGUGGAGAAAACCCGAAUCAGAAAGUAAUCCAUGGGGUUAUCAACUCCUUUGUUCAUGUUGAACAGUACAAGAAAAAGUUUCCUCUAAAGUUUUAUCAGGAGAUCUUUGAAGGGCCUUUUCUGACAAAAACAGGCGAGUAUUACAAACAAGAAGCCUCCAACCUACUGCAAGAGUCCAACUGUUCUCAGUAUAUGGAGAAGGUUUUAGGGCGGUUGAAAGAUGAAGAGGUGCGAUGUCGGAAGUACCUUCACCCGAGCUCCUACGCCAAAGUCAUCCACGAAUGCCAGCAGAGGAUGGUGGCCGACCACCUACAGUUCCUGCAUGGCGAGUGCCAGAACAUCGUCAGACAAGAGAAGAGAGAUGACAUGGCGAACAUGUACACCCUGCUCCGGGCUGUCUCCAGCGGCUUACCUCACAUGAUACAGGAGCUGCAGGUGCACAUUCACGACGAGGGGCUCCGAGCCACGAGUAACCUCUCUCAGGAAAAUAUGCCAACCCAGUUUGUGGAGUCUGUGUUGGAGGUCCAUAGUAAAUUUGUACAGCUGAUUAACACAGUCUUAAAUGGAGACCAGCACUUCAUGAGCGCACUUGACAAGGCUUUGACUUCGGUAGUAAACUACAGAGAACCCAAAUCCAUCUGCAAAGCGCCUGAACUGCUCGCUAAGUACUGUGACAAUCUGCUGAAGAAAUCUGCAAAAGGGAUGACCGAGAAUGAGGUGGAAGAUAAGCUGAGCAGCUUCAUCACCGUCUUCAAAUACAUAGACGACAAAGAUGUGUUUCAGAAGUUUUAUGCAAGAAUGCUUGCCAAGAGGUUAAUACAUGGGCUUUCAUUAUCCAUGGACUCAGAAGAAGCCAUGAUCAACAAACUAAAGCAAGCGUGUGGAUAUGAGUUCACAAGCAAACUGCACAGAAUGUACACAGACAUGAGCGUCAGUGCUGACCUCAACAACAAGUUCAACAACUUCAUCAAAACCCAGGAGACAGUGGUGGACCUGGGCAUCAGUUUUCAGAUCUAUGUGUUACAGGCAGGGGCAUGGCCUCUCACACAAGUCGCCUCUUCUACGUUUGCCAUCCCUCAGGAACUGGAGAAGAGUGUACAAAUGUUUGAACUGUUUUAUAACCAGCAUUUCAGUGGGAGGAAGCUGACCUGGCUACACUAUCUCUGCACAGGUGAGGUGAAGAUGAACUACCUGUCCAAGCCCUAUGUGGCCAUGGUCACCACCUACCAGAUGGCAGUGCUGCUGGUCUUCAACAACAGUGAGACGGUGAGCUAUAAAGAGCUGCAGGACAGCACGCAGAUGAACGAGAAGGAGCUCCAGAAGACCAUCAAGUCCCUGCUGGAUGUCAAGAUGAUCAACCACGACUCACAGAAGGAGGAAAUUGAGACUGAAUCUACUUUCUCACUAAAUAUGAAUUUCACUAGUAAAAGAACAAAGUUUAAAAUCACUACGUCAAUGCAACGGGACACGCCACAGGAGCUGGAACAGACGAGGAGUGCCGUGGAUGAAGACAGAAAAAUGUAUUUACAGGCUGCUAUAGUGAGGAUCAUGAAAGCCAGGAAGGUUCUGAGACACAAUGCCCUCAUACAAGAAGUGAUCAACCAGUCCAAAGCCCGGUUCAACCCCAGUAUCAGCAUGAUCAAGAAGUGUAUCGAGGUGCUUAUCGACAAGCAGUACAUUGAGCGAAGCCAGACGUCUGCAGAUGAGUACAGCUAUGUCGCAUAAAGGAAGCGUCAUUAAGCGGACAAUAAACCGCAAACCAUGUCUUUAAUUUUUUUGGCUGGGGCUCAGGCUCUCUCCCUGUGGGAUGAAGCAGGACUGUGCCUCCAUCUUUGGAGUUGGGUGGGGUGGGGGGAGUCCUCAAAGCAAGCAGGCAGCCAUCAACACCCCCACCUCACCUCUGGCCCACCCACUUUUCUGAUUUUAUGCUGUUUACAACAUCACCAGUGCCACGCCCAGUGCGUCAAUGGGGGGGGAAAAGAGAGAGAAAUGCCUAUAGCUAUUUAAGCGCGAGAUGAUAAUACAUUUUUAGACGAUAUAAUCGUAACCAAGCAACCAAGAGAGCGACUGGAUGUGCUGCGACGUCUGAGAAACAACCAUGCUUUCUUUUCUCACGUUUGCAGUUGUAGUGUUUUGUUUUUGUUUUUUAAUGUAUCAAAGUAAGGAAAAAGAAUAUUGUAAUAAAACUGUUAUACUGAUAA